GGCUGAUCCAGAGACAGUGGGACCAACUCCUCGCGAGAGGUGAGGUUGAAGCUGUCUCCGCCAUCUUGGAGAUGGGAGAUAGGCGAUGGCUGUGGUCCUUCUGCUAAUGCAAACAAUAAAACGGGCACAUUAGUCUGCCUCGAGUGAGGCCGUCAUCACUGUAACUGUUGAUCAAUACUACAGAAGAAGCGAGGGUGUCCAAGCCAAGCGCGAGACACUGAGAGCCGCUUCACCUGCCUUCUGGGGCGGCAGAAGCGAAGUAACUGAGGACUGGAAGGAUGGUGCAGUCCUGCUCCGCCUACGGCUGCAAGAACCGAUACGAUAAGGAUAAGCCUGUUUCUUUCCACAAGUUUCCUCUUACUCGACCCAGUCUUUGUAAACAAUGGGAGGCAGCUGUGAGAAGAAAAAACUUUAAGCCCACCAAGUAUAGCAGUAUUUGUUCAGAACACUUUACUCCAGAUUGCUUCAAGAGGGAGUGCAACAACAAGUUGCUGAAAGAGAAUGCUGUACCUACAAUAUUUCUUUGCACUGAACCGCAUGAUAAGAAGGAAGAUCUUCUGGAGCCACAAGAACAGCUUCCCCCGCCUCCUUUAACACCUCCCAUUUCCCAGGUCGAUGCUGCUAUUGGAUUACUAAUGCCUCCUCUUCAGACCCCUGAUAAUCUCUCAGUUUUCUGUGACCACAACUAUACUGUGGAGGAUACAAUGCACCAGAGGAAAAGGAUUCAUCAGCUAGAACAACAAGUGGAAAAACUCAGAAAGAAGCUCAAAACUGCACAACAGCGAUGCAGAAGACAAGAACGACAGCUUGAGAAAUUAAAGGAGGUUGUGCAUUUCCAGAAAGAGAAAGACGAUGUAUCAGAAAGAGGUUAUGUGAUUCUACCAAAUGACUACUUUGAAAUAGUUGAAGUACCAGCAUAAAAAUAUGAAAUGUGUAUUGAUUUUUAAUGGGUCAAUACACAUAUCCUCUUCUAGCCUAUAAAGGAGUUUCAUUUGAAAAAUAACACUUGAUUACUUGUGUAAAAACAAUUCAGAAUAUUUUUUAAAAAAUAAAUUAGAUAUAUACUGUAAAAUUGUAAAUUUUUUUGUUUGCAAUUUCAGGGUUUUUACAUUUUAACAAAAUAUUUUAAAAGUUAUAAACUAACCUCAGACUUCCAAUGUAAGUUGGUUUUGAGACUGGAGAUUUUUGGUUUUUGAGUAUUUAUACAAAUAAUGUAAAAAUAAAAAGUAAGGAGAAUGAGAACCAUGCAGUAAAGAUGAUGUAAUUUUAAAAUUUAAACUUAAUGCUGUUUAUUAAGAGAACUUAGUUAUUAUAUUUUAUAUGAGAAGUAUGAGUCAUAUCCUGGGGCAUAACUUCUCAGUAUAUCUACUCACACAUUCUUAUUUGUAAACCCAAAAGGUUCAUUCAUCUUUCCAAAUUACUGAGGAUAAAUUGACAAGUUAAUACUUGAAAAAAAAGAUUUUGGUUGUCUUCAGAGCAGAAGAUGAAGAGUCAUUGCAUAUUAAUAAGUAACUUUAUAAAGUGGAUUUUUAAAAAAUAGGCCCUUCUUUUUUUCCCCCACUGUCUAGCAUUAUGGUAUCAGAAGUGUAUCUUCAGUGGAAGAAACAUUCUUCAAUAAACAAGGCAUUGUUAUCAAUGAAGUCAUAAAAAUUGAAGCCUUGUGAAUGAUAUGCUUUUUCCUCAUUACCCCAUGACUAAAGGACAUCCUGUUCCCCAACUGUAGUUUAUAUGCAUCCAAAUCUCUCACAAAAGUUUUGUUGUUAGUAAGAGUUUGAUUUGUAUCAAAAUAAAGUAGUCUUUCACUUGACUAACCAAUUCUUCAGGUCAAGGCUUCACAUAAAUUAUUCACUUUUAACACAAGUUAGAGAUUAUAUCUCAUUUACUUAAAUGAGUGAUUUAUAUUCAAAACCAACCUAAUACAUAGUGUUUGUUUUUACUGAAUAUUGAUAUUUAAACACAAGGUUUCUGUUUAACUGUGAGUUUUCUGACUUUGUGGGAAAUUCUACAUAUAUUUGAAAUGAAAAUAUGUUCUAAGUAAAUAAAUAUCACUAUAGGAAUUAUCUAUUUAGAUUUAGAAUAACUGUUUCUACUAUAAUUAUUACUUUUAUAUUUCUAAGUACACUGAGAUAGUUGAACAGUAAUAGACCUUUUAAGACGGCAUUAAAGAUGUGAAACAGUAAUGUUCAAA